AUGAACAUUGACGGAUUUGCACUCGUGACGGGAGCAGGUAGUGGCAUUGGCCGCGACUGUGCCAUUGCCUAUGCCAUUGAAGGCGCAGCCGGUGUGGCAUUCGCCGAUCUGGAUCCCGUCGCAGCGACAGCCGCCGCCGAAGAAAGCAAAUUACUCGCUACGAACCCCGACUACCGAGCAUUGACCAUUGAGGUUAAUGUCCGUGAUCCAGACAGUGUCCAGGAGAUGGUUGACACAGUCGUCAUGGCCUUUGGCCGCAUUGACUACUCCGUCAACAGCGCAGGGGUUGGUGUCGAGCAGCCAGCAGAGAUUUCCAAGGCGUCAGUGCGAGAGUUCGAGCGCUUCAUGGACGUCAACGUCAAAGGCACUUUACUCUGCGUCCGCGCCGUGAGCGCCCAGAUGAAGCAGCAAGAAGCUCGGCACUUCUCGUUGCGUACGUCCACUCCCGCCCGGAGCUGUGGUCGGGGCGUGAUCAUCAAUCUGGGAUCGAGUAAUUCGUAUGUGGCGACGCCCAAUAUCGUUCAGUAUACGGCCUCCAAACAUGCGGUGAUGGGAAUUACUCGCAAUGCCGGUGCCCCUGGAUUUAGCUCCAUACGGGAUCCGAGUCAAUUCGAUUUGCCCCUCGUGGGUGGAAACUCCGAUGAUCGAGCGAGCGGUGGCGGGCGAUCCGAAUUUGGCAUUUGUGAUGAGUCGAGUGGUGCCGAUGGUCCGCGGGCGAGUUUCGUCACCGGGGCAGGCUGGAUGGUCGAUGGAGGGGCUACUCUGCAGCUGCAGACUUGA